UCGGAAGAAAAGAAGUGGGAGGAGGAGGAGGAGGAGGUAGAGGAAAGAAGGGGGGGAGGGAGGAGGAGGAGAACAACCGCCUACUCCUCCCGGAGCACCAGGCUCCUAGAUGGCGAACGCCAGCGACUUGGCAGGAGCCAGCAGCCCGGCCCCGAGCAGCGCGGCGGGCGGCGGGGGCGGCGGCGGGGGCGGCGGGGGCGGCGGCCCGGCCGCCCUGGGCCUCAAGCUAGCCUCGCUCAGCCUCAUCCUGUGCAUCAGCCUGGCCGGCAACGUGCUCUUCGUGCUGCUCAUCCUCCGGGAUCGGCACCUGCACCGGGCGCCCUACUACCUGCUGCUCGACCUGUGCCUGGCCGACGGGCUGCGCUCGCUCGCCUGCUUCCCGGCGGUGCUGCUGUCCGUGCGCCGGGGCGCGGGCACCGCCGGGGGGGCGCCGCCUCCCGGAGCGCUCGGCUGCAAGCUGCUCGCCUUCCUAGCCGUGCUCUUCUGCUUCCACGCCGCCUUCCUGCUGCUGGGCGUGGGCGUCACCCGCUACCUGGCCAUAGCCCACCACCGCUUCUACGCCAAGCGCCUGACGGGCUGGCCGUGCGCCGCGGUGGUGUGCGUGGCGUGGGUGCUGGCCCUGGCCAUGGCCUUCCCGCCGGUGCUGGACGUGGGCACCUACCGCUUCGUGCGGGAGGAGGCGCAGUGCACCUUCGAACACCGCCACGUCGGGGCCAACGACACGCUGGGCUUCAUGCUCAUGCUGGCCGCCGUGGUGGGAGCCACCCACCUGGUUUAUCUCCGCCUGCUCUUCUUCAUCUACGACCGCCGGAAGAUGAAGCCCGCGCAGCUGGUGCCCGCCGUCAGCCAGAACUGGACCUUCCACGGGCCCGGCGCCACGGGCCAGGCGGCCGCCAACUGGACCGCGGGCUUCGGCAGGGGUCCCACGCCGCCCACUCUGGUGGGCAUCCGCCCGGCCGGCCCGGGUCCCGGGGGGCAGGCCCGGCGCCUCCUCGUGCUGGAGGAGUUCAAGACCGAGAAGAGGCUUUGCAAGAUGUUUUACAUGAUCACCCUUCUCUUCCUCCUCCUCUGGGGCCCCUACAUCGUGGCUUGCUACCUGAGGGUCUUCAUCAAGGCCGGCGCCGUGCCCCAGGGCUACCUGACCACGUCAGUGUGGCUCACCUUUGCCCAGGCCGGAGUCAACCCCAUCCUGUGUUUCAUCUUUAACAAGGAGCUCCGAGUCUGCUUUCGAGCCCACUUCCCCUGCGGCCAGAGCCCCCAGACCACUCAGGGAACCCUGCUCUGCGAUUUGAAAAGCAUUGGCAUAUAACAGCGCCCAUGCCCUCCUGCUCCUCCCCUUCCUCGCGGGCUGUUUUCCUGUUCUCCCUCCCGGGGAGGGGAGCGGGGAAUCAAGUCUUUUCUGCCCCUUUUCUAGAUCGUCUUCUACAAGGAGACCACAGACUGUAAAUGGGGACAGAAUCUACAUUUAGACUGGUGAAAAGUCAUUUUUGUGAAUUGGUAUUUGCUUUUGAAUAGGGUACCUCUCCCCCACCUCCUUUCCUGACAGUCUUGGCUCACAUUAAUCUUCUAAACUAGAUUUUGAUCUGGACGAUAAACCCUGCCUCAUUUUGUACAGAAUUGACAUCUUUUUUUUUUUUUUUUAAUAAAGCCUAAACUAAUUUUAUUUGUGCAAGGCCAAGACCAGUUUUCUACAGAAACUAUUUUUGACAACCUCAAGUGGUAUUAUAUUUUGAAAUGAAGUAAAAGUAAAAUGGAACUUUUGACGAUUUCAUGGGUUAAAUUUCUUGAGGGUCUUCUGUUAGAAUCAAGCUAACGGACCAAAACAUUAAAUUUGAAGUUGCCAGUUAAACAACUGCUGUUGAUAUUGUAGAUACAUUGGAGCAGUAAUUGGGAGUGAGGAUAUUUAUUGCACUAUUCCUUCGGAAAUAAUUAAGAACUUUCUGAGAAACUGUAUUUAAAAUUGGAGAGUUUAAUUCAGCAGCAGUAAUGCAGUAAUUUUUAAGCAGUGAAAUUUACUAACUUCAUCAACACAGUUAUAACACUUCUGGAAAAUACUUGUAAAACAUGACUGUUUUCUAUAUUAAAAUCACUGUUUUCUAUAACAGAUAACAUUUCUGUACGAUCAUAACUUUCAAAAUAUAAAAAUGUGUUCUGAUUAAUUGUGUGAAGAAAAUAUUGCAUGUCUUUUUAUGUAUUGGAUACAAGAUACAAGCUGGUAUAGCAUUGUCAAGGACAUUAAUUAAAAGUGCUUUUAAAUGUUUUUUGACAAUAAAGAUCAGUUGAAAUAAUUUUAUGGAAAGAGUUUGCACUCUGACUAGCUUAGGGUUUUUUUUCCCUUGUGUUAUGUAAUCAUUUCCAUUUGGUAAAUUGCUCUUCUGUUAAUAAUAUGAAUGGAUGGAUAAUUAUGGUACACUACUUUUGAAAGAUAAAGUGGUGCUUUUUUUUUUUGGCCAGGUUUAUGCUGUGCUGUUAAAUUGAUGGUUAUUUUAAAUUAAUAAGCACUAUAAUUUUAAAGAAUGCUUCUUUGUAAGACUUGUAAUCUUAAAAUGAAAUGUAAAAAUCUCUAAGUGCUGUCUACAAUGCUCCAUUUUUAUUAAUAUAACUUCCAUUUAAAAAUUUGUUUUUUCUCAUUUGCAUUACACAAAUUGAAAUAUAACAAUAUUUUUAUCCUUGAGUGACUUCUUUUAUUAAUGUUAGUUUCUAGAGAAGAUACUUACACUUGUUUCAAGACUAGCAAUGUUAGAUCAGGCCUCUAGUAUAUUUUGUCAUGUUGCAGCUUUUCUUUAAUAUGAUCUAUGGCACUAAAUAGCAUUUGAAAGUAAAUGAUACUUGGUUAACUGCCCUUUAGGAGUUCACCAAAUAAUGAGAGUUAAAUAAAGAAAAUAAACUUUCAUGUAAAAUUUUAAACUCAACAAACUCAACAAAUAAACGCCUACUACAUACCAGAUUUUGUGUGAAACCAUUUACAUAGUAAAUACCAAAUAUUUUAAAUAUCUGUGUCUGUAUUGCACUAUUUUUAUAUGACACAUCUAUUGAAAUUAGUUCAUCUACAGAUAGGUGAAAGUAGAGAUGGAUAGUGCCAUUUAAGAUAAGAUAUUUAGAGCCAUUCAAAAAUUUUAGAUGUGCUAGCUCUGACAAUCAAUGAACAAGCAUUUGUUGAAUGUUGGCUAUGUGCCCAGGAUUGACUUAACCUUGUUGGGAGAUGGACAUAAAGGGAAGUAUGAGAGAUUAUGCCUACAAGGAGUUUUAAUCUAGUUGAAGAGAAAAGAUAGUGCACAAUCAAUAUUAAGUGGAAUAUUGUGCUGAGUCUUCAUGUAAUAGGAGGUUGGAGAAAGAAGAGCUUUCUGGGAGAUCAGAAUAGGAAUACUUCAUGGAGAACCUUGAACUAAAGCUGAUGCUUGGAGGAGUAGUAUAUUUUGCCAAACUUUAGAUAGGUAGGAUACUAUCCAAGUAGAAAGUAGUUGGGCUAAUUCUUAUAGCUUGCAAGUUCCAGAACUUCUUAAGUUUUUCUCCUUAAGGAAUAUUUUUCUUAAUGAGUUUCUCCUGGGGGAAAACUAAUGGGAUGACAUUUUCAGUAGCAAAAGAUAGGAACAUAGUGAUCUUGUACCUUUGCUUAGCAUCUAUUUAGACAAGAUUUUCUACCUUCUUGUUUAGUCUAUUUAGCAAAAUUCUAACAAGUUUUAUUAUUAUACCCAGAACCUAAUAAAUUGUAAAGAACUUAUAAUUUUUACCUCCACAACAUCUCCUAUUCAUCCCUUUAUCUACACUAAUAUAGUUAUAAUCCUUGUUGAAACUCUUCUGAUCAUUAAUCCAGACUACUGCAAAAACCUUCUGAAUUGAUACACUACUUCCAGAUCCUUCCCUUUCCAAUCCAGUCUCCAUAUAGCUGCCAAAAUAAACUAACUAAAUCAAGGGUCUGUGUCUUUUCACUGUUCCAAAAUCUUUAGCGACUCCCUUGUGUCUCCAUAAUAAAGUACAGAUUCCUCAAAAUAGUAUUCAAAAACUUUUCACAAUCUGUUUCCAUUCUUCAUUUCCAGACCUACUUUAUACUUUCCUCAUUCUAGCCAACUAGUUUUCAUUCUGCUUCUCAAAUUUGUUACUUUUCCUGUCCUAUCUCUAAAGGUUUGACUUUGUGAAGGUUAGCUCCUCAUGAAAUGUCUUUUCUCUACUCCUAUGAAUCUUAGCUUGUUCAAGCUCAAUUCAGGCAGACGUUUGUUCUAGACCUUUUUCCUGGUCCUUCUAAUUGUCCAUGCCCCCAUUCUUCUCGAAUUAUUUUGUCUUUAUUUAUUGGUUUACAAAUUGUAUCCCCCAAUAGAAAGUAAGCUCUAGGAGGGAAGGGACUGUUUGCCAUUUUUCUUCUCUUUAUACUACUUGCACCUACCUUUGCCAAUAUCAGGCCCUUAAAAAUAUUGCUUGAAUUCAACAUACUAUUCCCCAGCCAAUAAUAAAUUAGCAUAAAUUUGCAUAAGUUUACAUAUAAGUUGUUUGGUCACUUUGUGGUAUCUGACUCUUCAAGACCCCAUGGACCAUAAUACAUUAGUCCCUUCUAUUCUCCAACUUCCCCAAUUCUGGUUAAGUUCAUGUUCAUUAUUUCCACAUUAGCUAUCUAUCUCAGCCUCUGCUAUCCCCUUUUCCUUUGGCCUUAAAUCUUUUCUAACAACAGGGACUUUUCCAGUGAGUUCUCUCUUCUCAUUAUGUGGCCCAAAUAUUUCAGCUUCAACAUUUGACUUUCCAGUAAAUAGUUUGAUUUAAUUUCUUUGUGUUGAAUUAAUGAUUAAUUAUACUACCUUCAAGUUAAAUAAAUAGGGUGAUAUUAUACAGCCUCAUCAUACUCCUUUUCCAAUCUUAAACCAAUGAAGAUAUAAUAUUCUCAAUUUUAUAGUCAGAAUCUGUUAUCUAAGUUUCCAAUACA